UAGUAGGCAUUAUCAUUAUGACAUACUGUGGGUGCUCAGAGCCCCAGCUGGAGCGCCUUCGCCUUGGCAAAUUCCGCGUCGGUCAGCACGCCGCGCUCGUGCAGCGCGGCGAGCUUUUCGAGCCGGUCCGCGAGGCCCAGCGGGCCGGGCGGCGGCUCGGGCGCGGGGCUCGCCGCGGGGCCGGGCGCCCCGCCGCCGUCGCGGCGCAAAAAGCGCCCGGCCAGGUAUCGCGCGAACGCGUCCGCCGUCGGCCCGUAGCGCAUGCGCGUCGAGUUCAUCAGCGCCGUCGCCGCGUCGGCAAUUUUGCGCAUCGCCGCGUCGUUCGCGGGGUCGAGCGCCGCACGGAGGCGCGUAUCGAGGUCCGAAAGGUCGCUCGCCACGGGCACGAAGUGCGUGUUCGCAGCGAGGAGCGGGUAGUACCACUGCCGCAGCUCCGUCACGACCUUGAGCACGACGGAGUUGCUGCCCAGCUUCCAGAAGCACCCCGCCCAGCUAUUCGAGUUGCCGUCGACAUCUACGACCGCCUUCGCCGCGAGCCACGUCUCCGGGAGGAUCGGCGCACCCUUGUAGUUUUUCUUGACGAGCUCCGCGACAGCGCCCCGCAGUUGCACGACGUUCGAGAUGCGCGCGUCGAGCACUGUCAAAUUCUGGGCGCGCCGGCACAGCGCGAGGCGCGCGUUCUGAUCCAAUUUCGCCGGGUCGCCCACGACCGGGCCCGUCGACGACCCGCGCCAGACGGCGUGCGGUGCCUUGGCGGCCCACGCGUAUUUCGGGGGCGCACGCCGCCAGAACGCGUCCGCGUAGCCCCGGCUCGCGACAUAGUCGUGGUCCGGCGCGAGGACGUAGGGCCGCGUGUCGUUUCCACCCGAGCCGAAUUCGGCGGGCCACGUCGAGUAGCUCGUUGCCGCCGAGUAGACCAGCACGGGCACGCCGCGCGCGGCGAGCGCGGCGGCGUCGGCGCGGGGCAGCGUCGCUGCCCAGGGCAUGUCCUCGGUCUCGACGACGACCGCACCGCCAGGCGUCGCCGGCCAGCGCCCGUCCGCCAGGAACAGGGCCAUGCGCUGGGCGCGCCCCGCGUUGACGGAAGCGACCCCGUGGAAGCCGCAGAGUUUUAGCCCCCUUCGGCGAGUUUGCUUGGAAGCGGCUGACCGCCGGCGUUCCGCCGGCCGAAGCGGCGACGUCAAAGCACACCGUGCCGCGAUUCUCCCGGGUGCGUCCGGCGCAGAGAAAGUCGUGCGCGGCGCGGCAGGACAGCAGCGCCGUUGGCGGCGCCGGGGCGACCGCGGGGAGCAGGAGGAGGCAAUACCGAGCCCCUGUCAUCGCAUUCCCACCACCGCGGUUGGCGAGGCUGCCCGGGCGAGCAUUAUCAGUCUCUGACUGGAAUAUUCGAUUUUUGCCGCCUUUUACCAGGAAAUAAUUGCAAUUGAUUUCGCUAACUGGUAUUACUGCG